AUGGGCUCCUGGAUCAGCUCUAAAAAGCCAGACGCGGUCUGGAUUGCUGUGGCCAGACCACCUGGUGCAGGGAAGACAUCUCUGAUCAGAGCACUCCUGGGUGAUGAGAACACUGAAUCCCCACACGGUCCUGGAAAGAAAUUCACUCAUCCCAAAUACCCGAACGUUACCAUCUGCGAGUUUCACUCCGACUACCCAAGUGGCAGUGAAUUGGACCCGUAUGACCUGCUCAUCAUCGUUUCUUCACUGGAUACGUUUGCUUCUGAAUAUGUGAAGUUCGCCAAAGAGGGCCAGACCAUGGGCAAGGCUUGUUAUUUUGUCCGCACCAAGAUUGACACCGAUGUGCAGCGGUACCCAUCCACAAUUAACACCGUAAGACAACUUGAGAAUAUUUUUCAAUCGAUUACCUCCUCGUGUUAUGACUUUCUGGCUAAGGAAGACUUGCAAUCUUCAUUGAUAUUCCUCGUGUGCAGCAUCAACACUGAUAUCUAUCAAUUCCCCCUCCUCCGUGUUAUCCUGGAAAAGAAGGUUAAUGAAAUGAACAAAACCAGGGGAAUGACUGAGGACACAAGUGGACAGUAUUCAUCGAACAAGUGUAGUGAUGCUGAUGUAGUGACUGGAUCUGGCCGUCUUUGGCGAUCGCUGGUCUGGCAAAUCUUCCUUGAUCAAUGCACUGAGAGAGCUAUCAGUGCAAACCUGAAACCAGAGCAUUACCUGAAGCAAGUGAAUGGCAAAAAUUAUGCGAUCUUCAUAAUCAUCACUUCUGAAAUCUUCAAAGAUCACCAUGGCCAACUCGCAAAGACUCUCCAGGACAUGGGGAAGAAUGUUUGGUUUGUCCGCACUAAGAUCGACAGUGACCUUGAGGCUCAUAAACGGCAUCUUAAAUCAGAAUACAAUGAAAAUAGGGUUACUGAGGCGAUCAGACAGCUCUGUGUCAAAUCCCUGGAGAAGGGAGGAACUCAGAAACCUGAAGUGAACAUCUUGAGCAAUCUUGAAACCGAGAAAUUUGAUUUUCAGUCAAUUUUAUCAAGAAUUGAAAACCAUCCUGAAGCAAUCAAUUUGAAUUGUUGUUGGAAACCUCAUUCCGCCCGUGGACGAGUUUGUCUGAAAGAUGCAAAGGCCGCUGGGCCUUUCCUCCUGCCCGUCAACCGUCCUCCCUUUAAAGCCAGCUUGUGGUCCCGGCAUUUGGUCAUUGUGUCAACCAUCUCCUUCAGUGUCCCUUUCUCUCCUUGGUGCCUCUGUGAAAAAACUCGAGGAGACUUCUCUCCAACACAGGUAAACGCCUGCGUACACCGGGGGGAUGUAACGAUCAACAUUGGGGUCACUGGAGAGGCGGGUGCAGGGAAAUCCUCGCUGGUCAAUGCGCUACGAGGCCUCCCUGAUGACCAACACGGUGCUGCUGCAACUGGGGUUACAGAAACCACGAUGAGACCAGCCAGGUAUCCACAAUCAAUCAAUAACUUGCAGAUUUGGGACCUUCCUGGGUUGGGGACCCUGAAAUUCCAAUUAGAGAACUACAGGGAGAAGGUGGGCUUCAGCAGGUAUGACUUCUUCAUCAUUGUCGCCUCUGGACGUUUCAAAGAGAAUCACACUAAACUGGCUAAAUGGAUUAACGAGAGCGGGGCAGGUUUCUACUUUGUCUGCACAAAAAUCGACAGAGACAUUGAGGCGACUCUAAAACGACGGAGAACAUCCUUUAACCAGCACCAGGUGCUGGAAACAAUCAGGGAAGAUUUGCUGAGGGAUUUGGGAGAGCACGGUGUGAAAUCUCCACAAAUCUUCCACGUGUCCGCCUGCAAUUUCGAGGAUUAUGACUCCAAGAGGCUCCUGGAGACCUUGGAGAGGGAAGUUCCCAAGUUCAGGAAACGAGUGUUCCUGAGAUCCAUCAGGACACCCUCUUCAACAAUCAUUGCGGGGAAGAAGGAUUUCUUGAGCACCGAGAUUUGGAAGUUGGCUUUUUUAUCGACUGUAGCCGCAAUGGCUCCCGUUCCAGGGGUCGGGAUUAUGUGUGAUGUCGGGAUAUUGCUCAGGAACCUGCCCUUUUACCACCAGUGCUUUGGGCUCGAUGAGGGAGCUCGCAAUAGAAUAUCUGCUGAGAUUGAGAAACCGGUGGAAGAGUUGAAAGCUCAAAUACAUUCACCCCAGCCGACUGAUAUAAACAAACCCCUUUUUUACAAACUACUGUCUAAUAGCUCUGGCAUGGGGCUUAUAGUGGGGGAAUAUAUCUUGCACGGUGUCCCUGUUAUUGGCUCAGUUCUGUCAGGAGGCAUUGCAUUCACAAUGGCAAAGAGGAUGCUCACCAGAUUCCUACAGGAUCUAGCAGCAGAUAUUGAGAGAGUUCUGCAGUGGGCGGUCCAGUCGCAGAUUGAAUAGCGACACACACUUGGUGGAAAGGGUUAGCAAAUGAGAGUUUCUUCAUGUUGACCCUUCAACUUCCAUUUCCUCGAUCAUUUGGGCAGCACGGCAAUGUGUAACACAAUCUCUUCCAUACCAACCAGCUCACAAAUACACAGUCAGU